AUGUUUAAGUAUUUUCUGUACAUCAUCGUUGGAUGGGAUCUUAUAAAAACCCUAUCAGCUCAAACCGAACUAAAGAGGCUUAAUCAGCUUGGUGAGAAUCAGCAGAAAUGGUUCGAAUACGAUGCUCAGAAGGAAACUGAAACUCAGGGAAUAAUUGAGGCGGCCAAGAAAUCCUUAGAGGACCAGGUGAAGGCGAUACAUGAUAAGCUGGAAACCAAACUGACGGCGAUAUACAGCUUUUUGGAGCAUUCUCAGUUUGCCGAUGUGGACUAUACGCGAUCAAAAUACACCCAUCCGGAUCUUUUCCAGACAAUUGGCAUAAGACGAUUUUACCUCGAGAUGGGAUAUAGACAGAAUUGGCAUGAUGCGUUAAGCGCAUGCCGUCGAAUGGGCGGUAACCUGGCGACAAUCAAAAAUGAAGCAGAAAUGUUGGCGCUCCUUUCAAAAGCUAAACGACGCCAUGAGUUUUGGGUGGAUAUCAACAAUAUGGGAGAUGGAGUCUACCGCACAACAUUCGACGGAAAGCCAGCACCGUAUCUCAGAUGGGGUAAAGGCUACAAACCUGGCUCACAGGACUGCGUUUCUCUGAAUGAAGAUACUAAGAGAAUGCACAAUUCACAAUGUACCCGUACACACUUCUUCAUCUGCCAAGAAGAGCCGGGGGUAUGA